AUGAAAGGAGGCCCAGGAGAGCACAUUCCUUCAAGGUUGCUAGAAAUAAUCGACAGAGGCGCAGGGGACUUCGCCCAAGACACAGCGCAGAAAAAGCAUUUGACAUACAUGGGCGAGGCUGCUCGGUCUCACACAAUGACACACACCAUGAUCCAAAAGCUUCGCCUGGGCGUUGUGGACACGCUGGUUCCUGGCUCGGGCGAGUGGUCUCUUGUGUACUCUUCGGAGAUGCACGGGUACUCGCUCAACACGCUAAUGCGGAACGCAAAGAACGGGCCCCAAAAGGGGUGUUUUAUUCUUUCUGUGCUUGAGGACUUUGGCACGCAGGAGGAGUAUGAAAGGGUGUUCGGUGCCGUGUUUUUUGAGCCUUUGCGGUUUGAGAAGGCGUCGUACGGAACAAUAGACACUGCUUUGUUUAGGUUUAAAACGCCCAGGGCCCAGGACAUGAGCAAGGGCUCCAAUGCAAUACUAAACAUAUACAGCGCAAAAUCUAUAGAAAAUCGGCGCAUGUACAUCAUAGCCAAAAAAGAGUAUUUGGCGUUCGGGUGCGGAAACGGCAGGUUUGGCUUGCAGUUUGAAAAAAGCCUUCAGCAGGGGGAGUCCCACGGGGUGGAGACGUUCAACAACGACACGCUGAGCCACCGGGAGAGGUUUAAAAUCAGCCGGAUCGAGCUGUGGCAUGUAGAGGCGUGA